ACGUUGAAGAGAUGAAACGCAAAAGGCGAUGUCGUUUCAUUACGUCACUGUUUUGCAGCCAAAGCAAUAAAUCCUCUCCGGUCCCGUAUCUGCAAUUCGGCAUUGGUAUUGACUUCGAACCUGGCGCUGUUCUUCUCUUCCAAAAUCAACGGCAUUGGUAUCUCUCUUCGAUUUCAUUUUUAGAAGUAGCAUUGGUGUCAUAUGGCUUCCUUCAGAGCAUUCUUGAACAGUCCAGUUGGUCCCAAAACAACUCACUUUUGGGGACCUGUUGCCAACUGGGGAUUUGUGGCAGCUGGAUUGGCUGACAUGAACAAACCUCCAGAAAUGAUAUCCGGCAACAUGACAGCAGCAAUGUGUGUCUACUCCGCAUUGUUUAUGAGAUUUGCAUGGAUGGUACAGCCACGCAACUAUCUACUUUUGGCGUGUCAUGCCUCAAAUGAGACUGUUCAACUCUAUCAGCUCUCCCGUUGGGCAAAGGCAGAGGGGUAUCUGUCGGCAAAGAAGGAGGAAGCUUCAUCUGAGUAACUUGAUACCAACACUUUACUGAAUGAAGCGAUAUGAAAGAUUUUGUAUUUAAACUUCUGAUGUAUGAAUUAUUGACUACUGGUUGUCAGAAGGGGCUCGAGGAAACUGUAAAAGAUUGAGAAUGUGGAAGAGUAUUUGCAUUUGGAAGGAUUGCACAAAAGUCC